AAGCGAAGCAGUGCGUGUGUGUUGGUACCUAGUUUUGUUUUGGAAUCAUCGUCCAUAUUUUUCACUCGUUGUCUAUUUUUAAUGAAACAUAAACAUCUAAUUGCUCGUCUGUGCAUAUUGAUCUUUACUUUUGUUGCUGUGCUAGAUCAUUUCGUGUAGCUAUUGAAUGUGUAAAAUAGUUUAAAAGCAUUUGAAUUUGAGUUAGCUAGCGCUUAGUGGCUUUCUUUGUUUUGCAAAUCGAAUGAAGGUUAUUGUGAAGUGAAAACAUUUCGAGAGUGAGUUUGGUGCGCGAUUGUGAUUUGUUUCGAGUUUGUUUUGCCUUUAUCAUACAGCGUAUAAAUUGCUUCAGUGUGAGGAAUCCGCUUGUUGGCAAAGUAAAUGAUCUACGUUUUACGAAUUAUAUAAAAGCUUCCUGCAUGAAUGGGCAGAAAUGAAUGAAUCAUAAGUAAUGUUGUUUUCUCCUUUAUGCCGUGUAAGUGUAUGCAUAAUAGGAUUGCUAGUGCUCUUCUCAUAAGCGUAUGGCGUUGCAUGAAUCAUAUACCACAUAAAUUCUGUUCCAUCUGCGAGUUUAUGCAUGAUCAACAGCAAGUGUGGAAGCCGAGAUCAGAAGACAACAAUGGAUCCGACGCAGAUCACGGCGCUGGCAAAGCUUUUGAAGGAAAGCGGUGAUAAAGUGCUGAACUCACAGUUCAAACUAUCUCUAUCAGGAUCAUUGCUUCGCGCAUUGAACGAUUCGUUUAGUUUGAUUGUGGAUAAAAAUGAAACGUUUCCGCCCCAGAACUUUCAAGUGGUGAAACCGAACAAUGCGAAAUCGGACGUAUUUCGCGAUUUGCAGUUCGUUUACGAUUUCGUCCAGAAAACUGUCAUUCUCAGCCUGAACCAAUUCGUCAAUGAUGACCCGUAUGAGUUUGCGGUGGAUAUUAGUAAGUUUCGUAACUUACGCACGCUCGAGGUGCAGAAGAUACCCAUCAAUCAAAUAGUUGGGUUAUACUAUUUGAAAAACCAGCUGCAGGAUCUGACUUGCAUGAGAAGCAUUUCGGACACAAUCGAUUUACUGUUUGGCUGUGGCGGUGACAAAGCGCCCGAUAGCAACCCAUGGCGCUCGCUAAAAAGUUUAAACUUGGCCUACAAUAUGCUGGACUGCGUGGGCUGUUCGCUGGAACGCGCACCGUGGCUUGAGGUGUUGAAUCUGAGCCAUAACCAACUUGUUAAUGUGUUCGCUUUACGAAGUCUUCCAAAUUUGCGAGUGGUGAAUCUUAGCUACAAUCGUCUCAAUAAAAUCCCUGCCUUUCACGUCGAUGCAAUGCGGAAGAUGAAAGUUUUACUGCUAUCGAACAACUUUCUGGAAGAUCUGGAAGGCUUGGCUUGUCUGUCGUGCUGUUUGAAUGAUCUGGACCUGUCCGGGAACUUUAUCGUAGAUCACGGUGCGUUACUACCGCUUAGCACGCUGGUUGCUCUGCGCAGUGUAAAUCUGCUGGAGAAUCCGCUUGCUUGUCAUCCGAAGCACCGUCAGGCAACAGCACGGUAUCUUAAUAAAGCUACGUCCGGGAAUAAGUUUAUAUUGGACAACGCGCCACUUUCUCGGUACGAAAAGACGCUGACGGGUAACUACGACAGCUACAAGGCAAUAUUGGUCCCAAAUGCAGUGACAGGCUCGAAUUUGAAUCUAAGUGGACGAAACACACCAGCAUCUAGCACCACUACAAUAGCUGCUGGCGAUGGAGAUUAUGAACCUUCCGUAGGGAGCUUUAAAGGAGUCAAUGAUGAAAGAGAUCAAAUGAAUCAGUCUGCAGUCAGUCAAAGGAAAUUGCGAGUACGACGAGCCGUUAUAUCGGAGAGCGAUAGCGAGGAUACGAACGCAAGAAAACAUUCUGUAGAUGCGAGCAAAGCGAUUAACUCUAUGCUAACUAACGCAGAAAGCAAUCGUGAACAUUUGGAGACGAAACGAACGCUGGAAGAACUACGCAGCCAAUAUGGAAGCGAAUGGUUGCAAAGUCAAGCAGGUCACUUGGUUAAGAACGUGAUUGGGUUUGAUCCGGGCUUGGACAAGGAAUACGAAAGUGUAGCACAUUAUCAGCGAACGAAUAUGCAACUCAGCAACCAGGUAGCAGCAGCAACUGAAGGCCCUUCAACCGAAACCCAUAAACAAGAUCAAUGUGUUGGACCAGAACGUACCAGUACUCCUGUUGGUGAUGAACAUGUUCCGUUUCAAAUACAAACCUUGAAAGAAUCUCCAGUAGAGCAGGAUUCUUUAUCGGAGACUAGAACUACAAUUUCCGACUACAAAAGCGUUGGCGGUAAUAUUGGUGAUACGAAGUAUGAAUCAUUAGAUCAGGAUACAACAGGCACGAGCACAAAGGGAUCGUUAAACUUAACGGAUAUCUACAGAAAUCAAGGAGAUAUAGAUGAAGAGUCAGAAAUUGAAGAUAAUGAAGUGUUGUAUCAUGUUUCCUCGCGUGGGAAUGAGUCGAAUUUGUCGAUCGUAGUUUCGGACAGGAGCAUCAAAGAGAAAGACGUAAUUGGAAAAACAAAAACACGUUGGGGAAUCAAAACGUUAGAAGCAUGCGAAAGAUCCACUUCGUCACGGAUAACAUUAACUUUUGACACAAUGAAACGUGACAAAAGGGAACGUGUGUACGACAUGGACGCACACGAUUGUCAGUUGUUGGAGAAUCGACUUCGCAAUAUGCUAUCCCAGAGGCCGCUGUCCGAAAUGAAUCAGCGUUUAUACAAAUGUGUAGUCUGCGAUGCCAAAUUUUCACGAGAAGUAAAUACCAAGCGUAUGUUUGAUGAUCUACAAUGUCCUGAGUGCUUCGGUGGCUAUUGUAUUGAGAUAAAAGAACAGCAGCUGGAGAAGGAUGCGGUACUUCCUUCCGGUUCUGGCGCUGGCGAGAAUAGCAAAAUAGCAAUACAACCUGCAUCAGGGUCCAAUAAUGACGUUGCAAGCGCUGUACCCGGACCUUCUGGUACACAUAUACUGGAUCCUGCAAUGAUGCAUAAUAGCUCAUCGAAAAAUAGCCUAGAAUCCGGUGAAUCAUUCAAUGAUUCUUCAUCUGUUUCGCGAAUAUCGCAACCGGGAAGCUCCUGCGAUUCGAAUCAAAGCGUUGCAGGCAGUACCAACUCCGAGCGAGAUCGAGAUGCCGAUUUGCUUGGCAACGAGAGUGAUAUAGAAGUUUUGAGUAACCCUAGUCAGAGCAGCAUUGAGGUGUUGGAUCGAGGGUAUCAUCCCAGUAGAAAAGCUUCCGAAGAACGCCGUAUUGCUGGUCUCGAAACAAUAAACGAUUGUAGUGUGGACUCAAUAAGGCAAAAUUCUAUGAUGAGUGGUAAUUUGGAGCAUGCAGAUGUGAGUGCCGGUAUAAAAACUAAGCUGGAUGAAAGUUUAGACGACACUUUAAAGCAAACAUUUGGCAAUAUUGCCAAAGAGAGUGUCAAAGAAGACACAUCGAUGGCAAAAAGUGCUAACGUAUCGAAACAGCAUGCAUCUCACGCAACCAAAAAGGCGUUCCUUACGAACGUAAACUUGACAGAAAGUUCUAGUUCCGGCUCGGUAACGGAUAGUGUGUGUACGGCUUACGAAUCCAGCCAAGGAAUAACAUCAGACGGAUCGGCAUUGAAACACGUCGUAAAGGAAUCCGCUUUGCCAGAGCAAACUCAACCGCAAGAUCACUCAAUGGAUGAUCGUAAAGAGUUGAAUGAAAAUGUACCGCCGCCAACUAGUACAUCAAAGGCGGAUAGUUCCGUGCUUACCACCGUACUUGGGGGCUUGUUUCAGUCUACUAAUAUGCUCAUGGCAAAGAAUCCGAAAGGAAAAUCGGAUGACAAUUUGCUGAAAAAGUUUUACGAACCAAUACGCUACAGCUACAACGAUUUUGCCAACGUCGAUCAUCGGUUAAAGCUGUAUCUGUAUCAGAACUUGUUUGGGGAUGUUCAAGAAUCACUGAAAUGGCUGGUAUCGUGUGUGAUUUUUGACGAUAAUCGUGUCGAGGAGUGGCCUUCUGGGUUCGAUGGAUUGUUCAUCAUGUCGACAACAAAGUUCUACAUAAUGAAGAAAGUGGCAGCAGAAAACGAUGAUCCCUCUACAUGGUUAAAGAAGCACCUUUCCGGGACCAUUGAUUGCGUUGGAAUAGCUCAAUCACUGCCAUGGAAGAUUGGAAUAAAAUUUAUUAUAAGUGCGAUUGGGGGAGUACACGUCAUACUUCAGGAUAUUCUUCGUACGGAUAAGUUGAUGUUGUUUUUUAACGAAAACCCUCUACCCCAGUAUUGUACCGUUGAUUACCAACCUUCGGAUCUUUUGAACGGAAAGUUGAAGAAGGCAGCGAAGGGUGAGCAAGUGAAAAUGGUAAUGGUAAUAAACUUUUGUGAUGUACUAUUGCAUGAUGAACUGGAAAGCGUGCAGUUGUCGACGCUGAUAGUAACAGAAAACCAUCUGAUGUUAACAUCAGACAUCAGAUGGCUUAACGAAAGCUCGGCCUAUCCUGUGGAGCCCAAAUUCGCUCAACUCAUGACAAACAUUGUCGAGCUGGAGGAUGUGAACGAGCUAUCGUGCCGACUGAAUUAUAUGGACGAGCAGGAGGACAAGUAUGAAACGUGGCGUCUUGAUUUUGCUACAGCAACGGCGAAAGAAAGCACCGUCAGUACCAUUUGCCAUCUGUGGGAAAAUAUUUUCGGUGUGCCUUUGGUUAGUGAAGUGACGGCCGCAGGUGACAAUGCCAAUAGUAAGAAUGACAAAAACUACGGCAAUAUGAAGAACAACAGGAACAGUGUCAACAAUAGUAGUAAUAUUCGCUAAGUAUGUUUAUUAUAGUUUAUUGAUUGUACGUGAGUUGAUGGAAUAGUUAUUGACGGUAUGAUGAGGUUAAUAAAAUAAAAGUGAUAUUAGCAAUACAACAAA